UCUAAGGCCAUGUAAGUUAGCCAUGUUUUAUAUAGUUGGGUGGGCUUAUAUAAGAAAGUAACAACCUUCUAUUUCUAAUUUGUUUAUACCACUAAGAAAACUCUUUUGAUUCUUUCAUUUCAGAUGGAACUAGAAGCAUUACGUUCAAUUUAUGAAGGAGAUGAAAGUUUCCGGGAAUUAAGUCCAGUUUCCUUUCAAUAUAGGAUAGGUGAAAAUGGUGAUCCCAAGGCCUUCUUAAUAGAGAUUUCCUGGACAGAAACAUAUCCCCAGACCCCUCCGGUUAUAUCCAUGAAUGCUUUUUUUAACAACACCAUAUCAUCCGCUGUAAAACAGAGUAUAUUAGCCAAGUUACAGGAAGCAGUAGAAGUUAAUCUCGGAACCGCCAUGACCUACACGCUCUUCGAAUAUGCCAAGGACAAUAAGGAGCAGUUCAUGGAGAACCAUCAUCCUGUUCAUUCCACUACAUCAAUAAACAAUAUCAUCUCAGUUGAAACUCCUAAUACAGCCCCACCAAGUAAGAAAAAAGACAAAAAAGAACAACUUUCAAAAGCCCAGAAACGUAAACUGGCAGAUAAAACAGAUCACAAAGGGGAACUUCCUCGAGGCUGGAACUGGGUUGAUGUUGUGAAGCAUUUAAGCAAAACUGGCUCUAAAGAUGAUGAGUAGUACUUGGAACUGGAGACAAGGAAAGAGCAUCCUCAAAAGUAAACUGGGUUCAAAAUCUUUCAUGACUAUUUUCUGGUAUUGAGGUGGCUUUUUAUAAAACACGAUUUUUUGUAUGUUUCUUACAUUUAAAAUGUAGGUUGAAAGUUCAUGAAGAGAUCUGGUUGUAUUGAAUUAUUUUCACAAACUUGCCUUAAUAAAAGGUGAAAAUGUUACUGUUUAGUAUACCUUAUGAAGCCUGUUGAGCUUUGUAAAUGGACAGAUAUAGGGAAUAAUAAUCAGUGUUAAUUUACAUGAUCUUAUUCUAGUAAAUGGGAUAUUUUUUUAAAGUGUAGAGCCCUUUUUAAACUGUCAUCCCAAAGGAGCAGAGAGAGUAUUGACCGACCCAUAUUAACAGACUUCUCAUCUGAAGUAGAAUCUUCAUCUCUCCUUUUGCUUAAUUACUGAACCAUAAAUUGCUUCAGAGAAAUUUAAAUACUGGUAUUUGAGCUUUAUAUGUGAUACACUUUUUAGUUUUUUAUUUUUUAUUUUUUAAGGGUGAACUACUUUCCUUUAAUCAAUUGAUAUCUAUUUAUACUUUUCUCUUGAUUUGGGUCAAGGGUCUGAUCAUGAACGUUUCCAAUAUGUGGAAUAGGAGAUUAUAAAAACAAAUCUGCCAAAUACAUUCAAGAGCAUUUGAAUAAGAAGUGCUGGCUCUUAUUUAAAACAUUUCUCUUUGCUGCAUAUACCAGGAUGGGAGUAAAAGAUGCCUUAAUAUUUAAUUUUUGUAUUGUUGGAUACAGUGAUUUUAAUAAAUUCCUAUUUAUCUGCUGUUGUAUGUUUUUAGUUAAACAACUGAAGUCUUCUAAGUGGUUCACAUAAAACUACAUUUCAAGUCUUUCUUUUGGAGCAUCUUUUCAAGUAUGCAAAUGUGUUUCCCAACCUGAGCGUCUUUUUAAUAAUAGACAUAGAAGUCUUUUAGAUGCUGAAAUGUUAUACAUACUUUAAUUUUUAAAAAAAAUCAUUAAUAGACAAAUGAUUGGUAUAGUUUCACCAAGGACAGUUACUGAUGUGUGAUUUUGUAUAUGCUCCAAGCUUUAAGAACACUUGGAACUACUGCCGUGUCUGGAAGAGUAAGAUUGUUAGUUCCUUAAGUUAUGCCUGUGCAGCUUGAGUCUGAGUUUUUAAAGAAUAAUUAACUUUUAAAGAAAAAUUACCUUAGCAUAAGAACAGUUUGAAUUGUAGCCAUGUUUUUACUGGUUAACUGUGGCUUCAGUUAAAUUAUUUGAAUUAUAAAGUAAGUAUGAUUACAGUGAAGGAGUUUAUCUCAUUUUCAAAAGCUGAACUCAUUUUGUUUCUUGAAUUAAUAUAGGGCAAAACAUGCUAAAAUUCAGGACCACUGGAAUAUGUCAACUUUUGUUUCAGGGUUGUGUAUGUAUGGUUUUUAUUGUGUUGAUAUUUUUUUUUUGAAGAAAUAUCUACUAGUGGAAGAAAAUGCUUUGUUUUGCUCUAAAGAUUCUGAAAUUGUUCAGACUUAUUGUGACUCAUAGAUUACAAAGAACGAUGCUAGUUAUAUGCCAAUGAACUAUUUUUACUCUUUUUAUAUGAAAUGUAUGAAUUUCUAGGGGUGAUGGUGACAGUGGUGCCUCUUAUUACCUUAUAUAAAACACUUGAACAAUCUCAUCAUAUUGCCAUCAUCUGUGUAACACUCCCAGUAUAUUUUCUCAAUGUCUGUUUACUGAAAUUGUGUGGAGUGACAUAAUUAAUAAGCAAUAAAGUCUAAAUUACAGUGA